CAACACCCUGAAACAUCACCGCCGCGACCUCGGAGUCCAACACACCUUUUUCCGCCACUUUCUCGCGACACCGACGCCACGUCGUCGCACAGCAACCACCACCACCACCACCACCCCGCCAUGGCGCCGAGGUUGGAGCGCGGCGGGUUCCAGCUCCCGAACACCGAGCAGGAGAACUCACUCUUCCUCGGCGCACUCAUCUCCGUCGUGUCCGGGGACGCCGCCGCCCCCGCCGCGUUGCUCCCGGCGCCGGCACCGGCUUCCGCGGCGUGCGCCAGGUGCGGCGUGGACGGGUGCCACGGCAGCGGCUGCGAGCUCGUCGCUGGGUCGAGCAGCGACAGCGACGGCGCAGAGUGCUCCGCCGCGUCCGCGAGCCGCGCCAGCGUUGGCGGCGGAGGAGGCGUGGGCAAGCGGAGAGGGAGAGGGAGGAGGGUGAGCAGUUACAGGGGCGUGCGGCGGCGGCCGUGGGGCAAGUGGGCGGCGGAGAUCCGCGACCCGCGCCGCGCCGUGCGCAAGUGGCUCGGCACGUUCGACACCGCCGAGGACGCCGCGCGCGCCUACGACGUCGCCGCGGUCGAGUUCCGGGGCCAGCGCGCCAAGCUCAACUUCCCGGCGGACGCUGCUGCCGUGGCGGCGCCGGCGCUGGCGCCUUCCUGGGCGGGGGCGGCUGUGCAGCCGCACCACCGUCCAUUGCCCGAUCAUCAGAGCCUCCGCGAGAACUGCGGGUCCAACGCCGCGUCGCCGGUGCACGUGGCGCAGGCGCCGACCACGCAGCAGGGAAUAAGGACGGUAGCCAAGGAACAGGACAUCUGGGACGGCUUGAACGAGAUCGUGAUGAUGGAUGACGGCAGCUUCUGGUCCAUGCCAUGAUCCUGCUCCUCCUGCACCUUCGUCCAUCCGUCUCCGGAUCUUCCUCUUGUUUUAGUGCUUUUAGUUAAUGAUGAUGAUGAGAUUCCAUGAUUGUUUUUUAGGGAAGAGAUUCCAUGAUCUCCCUCUGAAAUGAAAACACUUUAGCUUCAAUCA